CAGCUGCUCACUAACCUGAACCACUCACAAUGCUAUGGCACCUGAGAAGACCUGACUCCAGAAAGGGCUCACACUGCUGACAGUUCAGGCAAAUCAUUAAGAAAUACCACCAUGCAAGAGUUCCAAACUAUUUGUGCAAACUCGUUGGGUGAGUGACGCCACCCUUAAAUACUUUUGCUAAGUAAAACUUGUUGUGUGACUUUAUUCUUUCGAGGCAGCCAUGAGGGACAGGUUGAGUGAACUAAAGGAUCUUGCUGUGUCCAGAAAUAAUCUGGAAGAGCAGGAAUAUGCAGAGUCUGUCUCAGACUCAUUCAGCAAUGUGGACCUGGAAGAUGGAUUCCGUCAGCAGGCCAUUGUCUUUGACAACAAUGAGAUGGACUCCGUGUUUGAUGAGGUUCAAGAUGCAAAACGUGAAAUUCAGCUCAUCCAUUUGGAUGUAAAGCAGCUCAGACAGCAAAACACACGCAUCCUUAGUGAACCAACUCGAACCAGCACGAUAAAGCGAGACUCCAAUGUCAUUGUAGCUGACAUUAAAUCUCGCGGGGAGGGUUUACUAAAACGUCUUCAUACGAUGGACUCUCAUGCCAAAGAGCUAGAAGAGGAGCAUGGUAUUAAUUCGGCUGUAGCCAGGAUCGCUCGAACACAGUAUGCUGGCCUAAGUAACAACUUUCGUGAUGUGAUGAUGGAAUACAACGAAGCAGAGAUGAACUACAGAGAAACAUGCAAAACACAUAUCCAGAGGCAGAUGGAGAUUGUGGGGCGGGAUGUGACAGGUGAGGAGAUUGAGCAAAUGCUGGAGAUGGGGCAGUGGAACAUCUUCAAUGAUAACAUUCUCACAGAAGGGAAAACCACACGAUCUGCACUCACCCAGAUAGAAAGCAGACACCGUGAUUUGCUGGAGUUGGAGAACCGACUCCAAAGCCUCCAUGAGGUGUUUCUCGAUGUGGCCAUGCUAGUGGAAGACCAAGGGCCAAUGAUAGACUACAUAUUCACCAACAUUCAGAAAACUGAUGCACAGCUCGAAGAAGUCAUGAUUGGGCUUGAACGAGCUAAGAGACAUGAUAAAAACAAUCCAUUCAAGAAGAUGUUCUGUGGCUGCUUCCCAUGCUACAAGUAAUUUUGUUGGGCAAACCUGUCUGUGUGUUUUAUGUGUGUGCAUGAUGGUCGAAAUACACAACAGAACAUACAAUAGUACAAAAAAAAGGGCCAUGUAGGUACAAAAUAUAAAGUGACUAAUCGAAACCCUUCGAAACUGUAAACUCAAAAGUAUUUAUACAGUUUAAAAUGAAGUAAAUUUCUUAAGGAUAUUUAAAACAAAUAUGAAGUAUGCAGUGGUGGCUCAAAGUAUUAAUGCAACAUAUGCCAUGUAUUAUAGUUCUGCCUAUGCAAAAAACAUGUGAUGUCACUAAUUAGUCACAAUGGAUGGAAAAUUAUGUGGCAGGAAUUUUACUUUCUAAAGCCGGCUUGUCCACAGCUGCUCAAAAAGUGAAUUCGAUAAUUUCUCUACAUGAUUCUCAAGAAGGGAUCAAGCAGGCAUGGAUUAAACAAGUGACACCAGAGUACUGUAGACAUCUAUUUGACUCUAUGCCCAGCUGGAUCCAGCAGGUUUUAAAGAAUAAAGGACAUUGUACAAAAUAUUAAUUGGUAUAUAGUGGAUUUAUUACAUGAAAUAGCUAAUUAGUCUUAUAAUAUUGAUUGUCAUUAUUUAAAAAGUGGGAGUGUCAUUAAAACACUGAAUUUCACUCAUGUCUCAAAACCUCUGAAUUAUGUUGUCCUAUAUCUAAACUUUAAGAAAAUGUGAGAAAAUGUGACCCUUGUAUUAAAAGGAUGUUUUAGACCUU